AUGUCUGUUGACAUAAAUUUUUCACAGCCUUCAGCACUUCGGCAAUUCGAGCUGAUCGUUGAAAAGAAGUCAAUAUUUGUAAAUGCACAUUUUUUAGCCGAAAUUUCACCAUAUUUUGAUCUGUUGUGUUUUGGAAACUUUCGUGAAGCUUCUGAAGGUCGAGCUGAAUUAGAAGAUGAGCUUUAUGACGACGUUGUUGAUUUCCUGCAGUUUAUUUGUCCGGACAGAAACUAUAUGUCUGACAAAAAAAUUACAGAUAGUAAUUUUGCCAUUCUUGCACAUUUUUCACACGUAAUGCAAUUUCCGCAACUACGACGACGACUGGAAACAUUUUUGGAAAAUGAUUUCACCUCAGAUACAUUACGUGUAAAAGAUGAAAAUAUGAUUGAUAUGGUUAUUGAGGCAAAAGAAACCGGAUUUCCGGACAAAUUGGUUGACAACGUUUAUACAAAAUUGGGUCAACUUGGCAUUGAACGUGUUAAAGAGCUUACCAAAGGCUUACCGGAUCAGUAUGCAGAGGCAAUUUUAAAGGAAGUGCAACGAUUUGUAAGUGUAUUAGACUUUUCUUUUCAAUUUAAUUUUUUGCAGUUACGUUAG